AUGUCUGACUUUGACCUCAUCGCAGUUGACCAAAUGGCUCGACUUCGGGCGGAUAUCUCGUCCAGCAAUAUGGAUGAAAUCUGCUCUACACUUUCCGAAUUGCGAUACAGUCUCGAUGACGAGACUUUCCAAGCAAAAAUGGUGCCUCUACUUGAGGCGGCAGAGAAGAAUUUGUACCAACUAGUCGAAUGUUUCCUCCAAAACCAUGUGGCUUUGAGUUCGCAACUCGUUCUGAAAGCCACCAUGAACGCGUCAUACCAAACUUUGGAAGUCAUCCUUACCAACAGGAUGGGAUAUCAACGCGCCGGUUGA